AUGAGGAGGCUACCUGGGCCCUUGUUGGCGACAUCACCGUUCACAGCGCGGCCUACGAAAGUGUCUCGAGGCCCGUCAUGGCCGCCGCAACUCCCAUCCAAUAUCGCCUCUCUGUCGACCACUACGGCACCACGAACAGAGUCUUCCGACGGGAAACCACGAGCACAACCCUUUCGGUUUGAGACAGGAGUCUCGCUCUUUGCCAAACGGGCCCCGCGACCUUUUCCGCCGCCGUUCCUCUCCCCUCCGUCGGGUUCCUUCUCCGAUCCGCUCAGCACUCAUCACCGAAGCCGCGAUCGCCGCGCCAGAGUUAACGGAGAAAUCAUCCUGGGGCAGACAAAUGGGGAUGAUGCGGUGUUUGCUAGCGACAACUUCAUCUGUGCCAACGAUGGUGUCGGCGCUUGGUCGACACGUCCCCGAGGACAUGCUGGUCUCUGGUCACGCUUGAUUCUUCACUUCUGGGCCACGGCUAUGCAGCAGGAUGCCGCUACUCCUCGUUCGCAGGAAAUCUACAGACCCGAUCCGGUAGCCUACCUCCAAAGGGCAUACGAGCAAACUCUGAAAGCGACAUCGGACCCCGACUGGCAAGGCACAACAACGGCAAGUGGAGCCCAGCUGCACUACAAAACCGUCGAUGGAAGCGGAGAGGUUCCUCAGGUCUAUGUGACCAACCUAGGCGACUGUCAAGUCAUGAUUCUGCGGCCUAAGCAUGACAAGGUUGUCUACAAAACCAAGGAGCAGUGGCAUUGGUUCGAUUGUCCGCGCCAGCUCGGCACCAACAGUCCCGACACGCCGGAGGAAAAUGCAGUCGUUGAUGUGGUGGAGCUUCAGGUUGGGGAUGUAGUCUUGGCCAUGUCAGACGGCGUCAUCGACAAUCUAUGGGAGCAUGAGAUCGUCAGCAGUAUCCAGGCCAGCAUACAACGCUGGGAGAACGGAGAAGGAGCAGAUAGAUCCGAAGGAGAUCGGACGGGCGGCGCAAACGGAGGCAUGAAGCUCGCCGCCGAGGAACUGGUGGCUGCCGCAAAGAAGAUUGCAACCGAUCCUUUUGCGGAAAGCCCUUUCAUGGAGCAUGCUAUAGAGGAGGGUCUGGCGAGCGAGGGGGGCAAGCUCGACGAUAUUAGCGUUGUUGCUGCUCUCGUGAGGAAGCAGGACACAUGA